UAUAUAUAUAUUGCUUCGCAGGUUUCUUUCAUCGGAUUCCUAACUCAGAGAUGUCGACCCGACGACUCCUACUUCCACUCUACCUCCUGACACUCUCCGGAGCCCUAGUUUCGUCGGAGCUUGUGCUGGAGUCAGGCUACUCUAUCUCCACAGUCCUCGACUUCAACAAACCCCUCCCCUCCGGCGGCAUCAAUGGCCAUGGCGUCCACCCCUUCGCCCUCCAUCCCCUCAACCGCUCGCCUAAUCUCCUCCUCCUCCUCGACUCUACUAACUCUUCAUUCUACUCCCUAGAACUUCCCGUAUCCCAAGGUGCAGAGAGCGGGCUUAGGUUGCUAUCCGGGAAGCGAACUGCUGGAUUCGCUGAUGGUGAUGCAAUUUCUGCCAUGUUUAAUCGGCCUCGGAGCUUCACCGUUGAUAAUAAUGAUAAUGUCUAUGUGGCGGACCGGAUCAAUCAUGUUAUCCGGAAGAUUAACGGCUUUUCUGGUUUGACCACCACAAUUGCUGGUGGCUAUUCGAAGAAAGCAGGUCAUACGGACGGGCCUGCUCAAAAUGCAACUUUUUCAGAAAAUUUUGACAUACUUUUCAUGCCUAAGAUGUGCUCCUUAUUAAUUUCUGAUCGUGGAAGCAGAAUGAUUCGCCAGAUGAAUUUAAAACCAGAGGACUGUGUAGAAAAACCACUAUCAAGUCAAGGACUUGGAGCCAUCUCUGUAUCCGCAAUAGCAGUAUUGGCUUUGCUGUGUGGUUUAACACUUGGAUUCAUGGCUCGUCCAUUUCUGAUUUCAAGUUCCAGUGAAGCCUCCAUGAGCCACUGCAUCCCCCGCUUAUGGAAUCAUAUCCAAAUAUCUCGGAGGAAACCAGCACUGAUGUUCUGCUCCGGCAUCAGAAGCGUAGUUGCUAGCUCCAAAACCCUUCAUCUUCUGUCGUUUAGAUUAAUUAACUUCAGCCUUGGUUAUAUGCGUGUGGUGUUUAGAAAUAUCAGGUUAGAAAGGCUAGUUCAUGGUAAGGAACCUGUUUUAUUGCUGGAUGCAGAUUUUGUAACUGAUGAAAUGAAGGAUUUGAUAUCUUUUGAAGAGGAAAAUAGUGUAUUAGAUUUGAGUUCUUCAGCUAAUCAAGUUGAAACGGAAGAAGCUUCUGGAAGGAACCUUCAUGAGGCAGAAGAUGAAAGCAAUCUUAAUGAAAAGAUAGAUAAUAUGCUGGUAACCAAUUUACAGGAUUUCACCGCCAGUAGUAAGGAACAAUCUCUUGUGAAUAGGAGGCGAAAUGGUGUUCAUGACCUCUAAAACUUAGCACCAGUUGGCUCUUGCUGUAGUGAACUGAAUCAAAAUUUCAUAGUUUGGAAUUUAAGUUGUAUUGGCUAAUAUAUGGCUAAAUUUCUGAAGGUUUGCUGCAUUGACGAUUUGUAUUAUAUAUUACUAAGAUCUCUAGUGGCUUUUACUAAAUUGGCCAGUGCUGUAUUAUAAUGCUACGUUGCUUUGCGUAUUUCAAAUGCAAUUAGGGUUGGUGGUCAUGCUUUAAGCUUA